AUGGACCGAGUGUGUGUCUGCGUGAUGAUGUUGGUUGUACUGCUGUUUGUGGCUACUCAGGUGCGGUGCCAGCCGUGCAACAGACCCUGUCAUUGUCCUGGUCCUGCCCCUCAGUGCCUUGCAGGAGUCUCGCCCGUGCUGGAUGGCUGCCGGUGCUGCCAGGUGUGUGCCCGGCAGCGAGGCGAGCCCUGUACUGAGAUGUUGCCCUGCGACACUCAGAAAGGACUGCGGUGUGAUUACAGUGCCAGCUUUCCUGGGGAUCCCGGGGAGUGUGUCAGUCAGGAGGAUCUGGGCUGUGAGCUCAAUGGCAUAACCUACACCGAGGGCCAGUCCUUCCAGCCCUCCUGUGAUACUCACUGCACGUGCAGAGAUGGAGGGGUGACCUGCGUACCAGCUUGUCCUCUAAAUGUUAGGCUUCCCAGUCCGGACUGUCCUAACCCACAAUACGUCCGGCUGCCAGGAAAAUGCUGCAGAGAAUGGGUGUGUGAAAACCUCAACAACACGGUCAUUCAGGAUGCCAUAACAGCAAUGAGGCGAAACAGAGUGUGGCCAACUUUUCCAAGGAAGCACCUUUUAAAUGACCUGGUCUCACCUGCGUCCACCUGUGUGGAGCAGAGCACUAGAUGGAGUGCCUGCUCCCAGAGCUGCGGAGCUGGGGUCUCAACACGGGUCUCAAACCAAAAUCCAACCUGUAAGCUGCAAAUGGAAACCCGACUUUGUAAAGUCCGUCCGUGCCGUGCUUCCCGGUUUCCCUGGAAACCAGUGUGGGGACACCAGGGGCAAUGCAAGGUCAUCUACACAUCACCGGGCCCCAUGCGGCUCAUACACCAGGGCUGCUACAGCACUAGUGCGUACAAGCUCCGGUACUGUGGUCAGUGCACUGACGCCCGAUGCUGCAUGCCACAUCAUACCUCCACUGUUCAAGUGACCUUCCGUUGUCCCACGGGAAGGCUUCUACAGCGAGCUGUGAUGAUGAUCAACUCGUGUGUGUGCCACAACAACUGCCCCUAUGCGCCGUACACGAAUCCUGCUCUCUGGGGACUCAGGCCCUAA